AUACGUUCAUUCCAGUACGUCAAAACGCAGCAGUGGUAAAUGAAGUGCUUCUCUGUUGUUGUACUGAACUUCGCUGUAGUGUUAGGACUUUUCACUCCAGCUUUUGCAAUAAUGUCCACCGAGCGUCUCGCUAAAAUCUCAGAGGUUGAUUUAGAUCCCAACGGCGUCUUCAAAUACGUCCUCAUACGGGUGCACAGCAAAGACGAUGAAUCAUACGUUGAUAUUGUGAGAGGAUACGCAUGGGCCGAGUAUCAUGCUGAUAUCUAUGACCGUGUGGCCGGAGAACUGGAGAGAGGUGGAGGAGUGGAUUGUGAAUGUCUCGGAGGUGGAAGAAUCAAACAUGACAGUGCCGCAAAAAAGAUCCACGUCUACGGUUAUUCCAUGGGAUUUGGGAAAGCAAACCAUUCUGUUUCCACAGAGAAGAUAAAAACCCAUUACCCAGACUAUGAGGUGACCUGGGCGGAUGAAGGGUAUUGAAUGGGUAACAUGGGUUAAAUGACAGCUGCGUAUAAGGACGCUAUUUCAAACCUACCUGUCUUAACGUAGCAUUCAAGUCUUGAUGUGCCAAGGCUGAGGAGGAACAGAAAUUUAAUCGAUUUCUGACAUGGAUGGAUGUAUAAGACAUUUACUCCUAAACUUAUGGAGAGGUCAUCCUUAUUGUGUUUGAUUGGUUUUAACUUCAUGUGUAGAUUAACACAUGGCAAAAAAGAGAAAGGAAUACGACUGUUUAUGGCCAUUGGUCUUUAAAUAUAGGAAAUGAUGAAAUAAAGCAGGUUAAGUACUUCAUCCAAACCAUAAAAAGUUAUGUAGUGCAACGCUGACAUCCUGAAAGGAUAAUAAAGUCCAGAGAAGUGCGCUUAGAAAUUUCCAGAACUGCUUUUUUGUCAUUCAUUCAAGUUGGAAGAAAUGUUUGUAUAUGUCACAAUGAGGGUAAUAUCUUGUUAAAGCAAAUUACCGUGCUUAACUACAACAUAUAAAAUAUAUAUUGUGAUUUAAUCAUUUCUGAAGCAUCGUGCUAUAAAUCCAGACCUGAUUGGUGGUUGUAAACCUUGCCUGAUAAACCUGACGAUCCAUAUCCGUUUGUCAGCAUUUUUAAUAGAAGAUGCCAUUAGGAGCGAUGAUUUUCUUGACUCGAAAUAUUACGACCUAACGACAUCCAAAGAAUGUGAAUUUGCAACAUUUGAAACAACUGUGUUGCAACAUUUUUUGUCAUUUCAAGUCUGAAGUCGUCUUGUAUUAGUUGCAUUUAAAUUAUUUAGAGCAAACAAACAGAAAUGGAUUGUACAACAUCAUAUUUAAUAAAUGAGUUUACUUUUGCCUCUA